AUGAAGAUAGAAAAAGCCCUCCAGCGGGAGUCUUUCCCCAUCCUUCCCUAUGAUCUCACAGUUAACAUACUUUCACGACUACCGAUCAAGUCUCUUGUACAGCUGAAGUGUGUGUCCAAAUCUUGGCUCAAUUUAUUCACGGAUCCAUACUUGGCUAAGAUGCACUUCAAUCGAUCCCACAACCGCAAACUUGUUUCUUCGUGUACAAUUGCUAAACCAUCCCGUUUUUCGAACACACCCAUUGUUGUAUUUUCCCUCGACACUGAUGAGUCAAAAUUGACUCUCCACAUUGACUCUCCACUUCCUUUCGGGACCAAGUCGAUCAGGUUUUUCGGUUCUUGUGAUGGCUUGAUAUUAUUUUCAACUUUUCCAUCCAACACUCUUUACCUGUUGAAUCCUUCAACCAGAGAACUCAACAAAAUACCAAGCUCGCCGUUCCGAAACAGGGAAACAGUCUCGUAUGGAUUUGGCUACGAUGCGUCCGCUCGCGACUACAAGAUUGUGGAGUUGUCGUGGUCUUCGGAAAGAAACAAAAGCAAUGUCAGUGUGUAUGCACUAAAAAUAAAUUAUUGGAGAAUCGUUCACGAUUUCCCUUAUACGAUCAAGUUCAGAAAUCGGGGAAAAUUGUUCAAUGGAGCUCUCCAUUGGUUGACAUAUGAUGAUGACAAUAUGUCGAAGAUAGUUGCUUUUCAUUUAGCGAACGACAAAUUUCAAGAUUUUUUCUUACCGGACUAUGAAACACCUCCUCACUCUAUUGAAGUUGUCAAAGGAUGUCUUUGUAUUAUCACUGUUACAAGGGAGCUUUGGGUGAUGAAAGUGUACGGCAAAAGAGAGUCUUGGACCAAAGCUGCAACGUUGCCUAAUGAAGGGCCUUUGAAUUUAUCAAACGACGAUGAAAUUCAAUUUCUGACUAAUCAAUGGUUAUGUGCAUACAAUAUAGAAAAAAAUACAUAUAGCUCUAUACAGAAGAUUCCCUGUAUUCGUGGAUGUCAGGAUACCUUUCGAUCUCAUGAAGCAGAAAUUUUUUACGAAAGCAUUGUUUCACCCCACUCGUCUCACAUAAGACAGUAA